AAAGUAGCAGUGAAAAAAAAACUUCGUGAUUUGUAAAUUUUAAAAACAGAUUACGUUUUCUUCACCUACAGGAAAGUUCCAAUCCUUGACGUUAUCUGAUCAAGGGCUCCUCAUAGGUAAUGGAAUCAUAUUCUUCAUUUAUUUGAACAUGAAUGGACAGAUCAAAGACAGAGCAUAGGGAAAUUUACAUACGAGUUGAUGACAAAUAUGGAUAUCAACAUUCAUUAAGAGCAACAGAGCAUUCUUCUUCCACUUUCUUGCUGUCUGGUCCGCAAGUUCAUUCCAAUUGGACAUGAAGGUGCAGCUUUUACCAAUUUCUUAGCUGGAAGAUGUUUCAACAGCUCUAAAAUUUGUAAUGUGCAUUCCUACAUGUUGAUUGAUUAAUUAUGAUAGAAGUUGAGGCAAGUUUGCCAUAUCAGACUAUGCUUCGACUUUAUGAUUCUAAUUAUCAGCAAUUUCCCAUUUCUUUAUCGGUUUUGGUACACUUGCUUUCAUUGGUUUAGAAAUUAGUUGGAGAGGAAAAGUGGAGUGGUGUUCGGGCAUUUUGCCUUGACCUAGCGUUGCAGUUUUUUCACAUUUAGACGGUGAUAACGGUAAGUAUCUUGCUUACUGUGCUAAAAUGACAGAACUAACCUUGAAUGUCUGAUGUACUCAUUAAGUCAGAACAAAAAAGCCUUUACAUUCCCACGCCCAGUACCUGUCAAAGAUUCUAUUUUCAUCUCUUAUCCUUGUUAGAGGACUAUUUCCCGCCAAAAAAAAGCUUCUUACCCUGUUUUUCAUUACAGUCCCUCCUUUUACUGCCUCUAAUUCCACCUCUGGAACAGCACUUGAAGGAGAGAGAGAGAGAGAGAGAGAGAGAGAGAGAUGAAGGGUGCAUCCAAGGUGAUAAUGGGAGCUACUUUGGUGAUGGUUGUAACCCUUGCCAUAGUGCUGACUCUUGUUCUGGUGCUGCUAGCUGAGCUCUAUUGUACUCUCUUACUUCGGCGGCGCAGACUAGGCAUCACCUCCUCCAAUGCUACCACCACUGUCGCCAGUACCACCACCAUCACCACUUCACCAACUGCCAAUACUUCCUCUCCACAGCCCCCAAACCGAACAGAUUCUCCUAACACUACAUACUAUGCCCCAGGGGUUCUUCAGGCUCCAAGAAGCCUCUUCUUUCCUGCUGUUUCUUGCAAAGAAAACAAGGCAACUGAAAUAAAGAACCAACUCUCCCAAUUUCAUCACAUUCUCGAAGUCAAUGCCCAAGAAUCUAACACAAGCCCCCAACAAAUUGGUCUUAUAAACACUUCACCUUCAUCAACUAACGUAGUAACUUCACCCCAUCAAAUUCCAGAAAUCCCAAUUCAAAUUAGCAGCAGCAAUGCUAAUGAAAAAGCUUGUGGUGGUAAUGGAGAGCCUUUUGUUUAUAUAUCCAAUCCCAUAUACGACAACGAUGCAAGUAGGGCAAGCAGGGUAGAGACUCCAUUUGAGACUCCUGAUUCAUCACCAUCUCGAUUGGAAACAGGUGCUUCUUCUUCAGGUGAUGAGGAGAUAGCACGGAGAUCCCCAUCUAGUCCACACUCGUUACCAGGUACCCCUCCAUUGACUCCAAUGAAGAAGCUCCCAGCAGAGGCAUGUUCAGUUUCCUUGAGAGAUGCAAGGUCUUUAGGCACUUCAGGGAGUGAUUCUGUGAGUAACAACGGCCUCUCAUCAUCAUCCUCGGUGUCUCCAUGCACAUCUCCUUCGUGGUAAUUGCUUAUGUGUAAUGCAACAAAUAGAGUGCGAAGCAAAUUUGUCGUUUUUAGUGGGGUCUUUUCAUUCAUGAACCCUAUCAAGGCGGGUGGCUUGUGAGUAUAGAGAAAGAUAAGAGUGGAGUUACAAUCCCAGGGCCACGCCCAUGCCAAGUAAACUUAGUUCUCUGUUUCUAAUGUAUUUGCUUUGCAGAGCUGCUCUUUUGUUUUCAUUUACUUGUAUGGUUGUUUUUGGAAGGUAGUUUGCACUUA